CUAGUAAGUUUAUGCACCUAAAGUUUACACAUCUAAAGUUUAUCCACCUGUUUGUAUACCCGAUUCAAAUUCAAAUUCGAAUUCAAAUAUUUUAUAUAUUCUAUACAUAAAGUUUAUGCGUGCAAAAUUUACGGUAUAAAGUCUAUGCACGUGAAUGAGAGUAUUAUUUUUUUUCUAUUUUUUUUACUAAUUUUGUUUUUUUUUUUAAAAUUAUGAUGAAAGGAGAGAAGGGAGAGGAGUACAGGGGGAAGGGGCGGGUUGAUCGCUCUAGCGAUCACCCGCCCAUUAGCCUCACCCCUUAGCACCUCCUGUUGGGUGCCGGUUUCUAAAUUCAGCAUCACGUGGAGUUGAUAACCGACAACUAAAGGCUUUUUUUUUAAGUAGUGUGUGCGCAGUUACAGAGUUAAUCCGUGACCGUGAUCAUCUCCACUUCGAUCGACCCUUUCGUCGCGGCCAUGAAAUCGCCAUCAAAACUGCGGCAUCCGAUCGGGAAAAGGACAUCCCCGUACACGAGCCCGACUCGUACCAGUUCACCACACCACACUACCCCGCCCCACGCUAUAAAUACAAGCGCUCCUCGUCCUCCUCGACCUCGAUCGAUCGUAUCCCACCACCACCACCAGAGCUAGCGCAGCAACCGUGAGCUCAGUUCAGUUUUCAUUUGGUCGUCGUUCGAGUCGUCAGCUAGCUUCGAUUCAAAGAAGGCAAACAAUGAGGUUCGUGGCGGCGUACCUGAUGGCGACCAUUGGCGGCAACGCGAGCCCGACCAAGGACGACGUGCGCGCCAUCCUCGGCGCCGUCGGCGCCGACAUCGACGAGGACAAGCUCGGCUACCUCUUCGACCAGGUCGCCGGCAAGGACCUCGCCGAGAUCUUGGCCGCCGGAAGCGAGAUGCUCGCCUUCGGCGCCGCUCCGGCCGCCGCCGCCGCCACUGCCGGUGGCGCCGCGGCAGCUGGGGAGAAGGAGGAGGAGGAGAAGGUUGAGGAGAAGGAGAAGGAGGGGGAGGACGACAUCGUCUUCAGCCUCUUCGACGACGAAUGAGCUAUCGACCUUCGUCUUCAGCCCUG